AUGUUGAACUUUAACAUACUCGACAUAAUAUUUCUAAAUUUGACUGUUUCAUUAGUUUUCAUCGGUAGCUUAAUUACGAAAUAUGAAAAACACUUGCCUGUUUUUUUAAUAAAAUUUUAUAGUUAUGGCAGUUUUGGUUACAAGGGCUCCGACGGUAAAAUUUUGCAAACUAUCGAAUUGCCUAAAUCUUAUUUCAGACAUUUCUACGUGUUUUCUGCCCUGUUUAGUACCGUGACUUUGAUUUAUAUGUUCUUGGUGUAUUUUCUCAAUUUGGAAAUAAAUACAUACGUGCGUGCAUCAUUGAAGGCUAUUUUUGGACAAGAAGAACCUGCAGUGACGGCAACAGCGGCUUUCAUAGCAAUGAGCCUUAUUACAUUCCAUUGCGCGAGGCGAUGCUACGAGUCUCAUCUUCUCCAAGUGUUCGCGAGCUCUGGCAAGAUCAACAUAUGUUACUAUGGGACUGCCUACGUACACUAUGCGACAUUUAUUUUGGCCACCGUUGGAGAAGCGCCGCUAUUUUGCGGUGAUCGAGUAAAAGAGAACAUUCGAUGGAUAGAUACUCGAACUCAAAUUCUAUGUAUACCAUGCAUUCUGAUUUUCCUUCUGGCCUCUUACGAGCAGUAUAAAAGCAACGUCAUACUAGCUAACCUGCGCAAAGAUAAGAAGACAGGCGCCGUGGUCACUGAAGAGCACAGAGUACCUCGCGGCAGGUUGUUCGAGUGCGUCUCCAGUCCGCACAGACUAUGCGAGGUUAUCCUCUACAUCGUCAUCGCUGUUCUGAUACCUACGAAGACGAUGAUAAUUAUGUGUGUGUGGGUGCUUUGCAAUCAGGGCCAGUAUGCCGUCCUCGCCCACGUGUGGUACAGAAAAACUUUCAAAGACUACCCCGUCAACAGGAUGGCAAUUUUUCCUUAUUUAUUGUGA